AGGUGUGGAAUAAUACCAAGUCGCGGGUGCCCUAUGUCAUGACCGGGGUCGGCAAAUGGUGGUACUGCCCCCCAGACAGUGGGGGCCUUAAACUCAAUAAGGCGGGGAACCAUGGGGCAUAUUGCCCGUAUAAUGGAGACCGAACUUGGGGGACAGUUGCUUGGAGAAAAGAGGUGCACUCAGUGCAAGCUGAAAGGCUUUGAAUGCUGGUCGUACUCCAAAGAGGCCCUAGGGCAGGUGAAUCAACGUGGAGUGGCCUGCGCUCGUAGUUGUCACAGGCCCCCCCGUAAGUGCAGCCUCUCGCCUCAUACUGGACGGAAAAAGAGAAGCGAACGGACACGGACCGAGGCAUUGGCAGUUGUUGAUCUGGGCAGUGGAAGUGUCGAUGGGGUUUCUGACGAAUGGGAAAACCCAGAUGAUGAGAUUACUAGUAGUCCGGGGAGUUCAUUCAGCCACUGAGAUAAUGGUGCUAGUUCCUCCUAUUCAUUUUGGCUAUCCAGGUCAACAACUGGAAAGAACUACGGGAGCUGUGGAAGGCCUAGCUAGCUGCAGCUCUUGCCGUCAGCCGAGUCAAGGUUUUUCGUACAAGCUGCUCAGUUAGAUCUUCG